CGGUUCUGUGGCAGUUGGUGGUAGUGGGUAGGUGAAGGUCCUUUGGGCAGAAACUAGUCUGAAGGAAAAGAAGGGGCUUUAUUUGAUAGUCUGGGAACUCAUUUCAGACACUGAAGACCUGACUGAGGAAGUGCUAGGAAGCAGCCCAGUGUGUUUAUCCUGACCCCGAUCGACUUCUUCCUGCAGCCCCUCCAUGCUGGGACUAGACAACUCUCCUCUGAGGCCAAGGGCAACCAGAUAAUGCUGAACCUGGCUUCUGCCAUCACUGCCUGGAGCCGAGGUGGCUGCUAAGCACUUGGGUUUCUAAGGAGUCCUUGGAUGCAGAAGGAAUAAAUACAUGGCCUUUGAGUGGAUUGCAGCCGUGACGUUUGCCGCUGGGACAGCUGCUCUCGGUUACCUGGCUUACAAAAAGUUCUACGUUAAAGAUACUCGUUCCAAAGGUAUGGUGAACCUUCACGUCCAGAAAGACAACCCCAAGGUGGUGCACGCCUUCGACAUGGAGGACCUGGGAGAUAAGGCUGUGUACUGCCGCUGCUGGAGGUCCAAAAAGUUUCCGUUCUGUGAUGGGGCUCACAUAAAACAUAACGAAGAGACUGGAGACAACGUGGGACCUCUGAUCAUCAAGAAAAAAGAAACUUAAUGGACAGUUUCAGUGCUGCACUCCAGAGUGUUGUGAUGUCACCUGAUCAUUUAAUUAGAAUGAAUGAAUGAGACACUCACUCUGUCUGAUUGGCCUCCCUGGGUUCUAGAUGUGGUUGGUACCUCGCGAAUCGCAGCUUUCACAUUCAUGGCAUUAGCCUUGCUAUUGGAAUAUCGUGGUGCACAUUUGUUGAAAGAAGAAGGAGAUAAAAAAAGAAAGGCUAAACCAACCUCAUGAUAUAUGGGUUAUUUUGGUCUUGUAAGGAUCGUUCCUUUAAAAUAAUGGUCUUAGAAUAUAGUUGUAUCUUGAGGUUAACGUAUUAAAUUAUUCUCAAAAUCA